GAAAUCAUCAGUUGUUUCAAGCUCUUAAAGUGUAUAGCAUCAAAAAUGAAUUUAACUGCCUUUCAAAAAGAAGUUCUCGAGCGACACAACCAGCUACGUGCCAAACAUUCUGCCCCACCUUUACAACUCGAUGCUGGCUUGAGUGAAUAUGCUCAACAAUGGGCUGAUAACCUGGUAAGCCGAAAUGCCUUGGAGCAUCGCAGCGAUAAAAAGUAUGGAGAAAACCUCUAUGCUUGUUUUGGAAAGUGUGAAGUCUCGGGUUCCGAAGCAGUGGACUCCUGGUACAACGAGAUCAAAAGUUAUACAUUCGGAGCUCCAAAACCAGCAAACUUUUCGCAGGUGGGCCAUUUCACCCAGGUAGUUUGGAAGAACUCACGCAACCUAGGUGUAGGCAUUGCUGUACAAGGAACUAACGUUUACGUCGUUUGCAACUACGACCCUCCUGGAAACUAUAGCGGGCAGUAUACUGCGAAUGUAACAAGCUCUUGAAAGACAAAACAUGCUGGAAUUAUGAGAAUAUCGUAAUAAAAGGUUCUUAAUCAAUGUUUAAUAAAA